AUGUCUCCUGAAUAUGCAAUGGAAGGAUUAUUUUCGGAGAAAUCUGAUGUCUUCAGCUUUGCAGUCUUAUUACUAGAGAUCAUUAGUAGUAAAAGGAACACCGGCUUUUAUCACCAUAAAACCCAUCCGAACCUAUUGGGUUAUGCAUGGCAGUUGUGGAAUGAGGGAAAAACAAUGGAGUUGCUGGAUUCAAGGACAGCAGACUCAAUCAGCAGUCCCUCGCAAGUGAUGAGAUGCAUUCAUGUGGGUCUCCUAUGUGCUCAAGAACAACCAAAUGAUAGGCCAUCCAUGGCUACAAUAGUUUUCAUUCUUUGCAAUGACACAACUCUUCCUACUCUAAAACAACCUGCAUUUAUCUUAGAGAGAAGCACUAGUGAAUCAAACUUGCCUUUGCCUAACUCCAAUAAUUACAUUUUUAUAACAAAUGUUGAAGGGCGCUAA